UCUAUGUGAUUCUUUUCUUGCGUAGUAAGCCUGCUUAAAAAAAUAAUCGGUCGUGAUGGUGUCACGCGGAAUGAUGAUCGUUCGCGUCGCGAAUUCCGACGAGGACAAAAAGAGUUCAGCGCCUUCAUAUUCACUGCUGUCGUCGCAUAUUCACAGUAGACUGAGGUGUAUCAUCUUACAUUCCAAAAGACAUAUCGCUUAUCCACCAUAAGGAGUCAAAGGUGAUGGCACGUAUCACGCGCCCUCGACAAAAAAUGGCGAACACGACUGAUUCACCUGCGACGGCCGGUAGCAGCCUCCUUUCGUCUUCAACAACGACACCAUUUCCCACCUCGACAACAUCGGCAGCAACUUAUUCGAGCGAGAACUACACCUUCAACUAUAGUGGUUUGUCGAAUCUGGGCGGUUACUCGCUGGACGAUUUCAACUACACGGAACUGUGGUUGGACGUCUGGAAUGGCACUGAGGUCAACAAUGUCACCGAGAGACUGAACGCGACGGUGUUGUUACCGAGUGGCUAUUGUGAUGAAUGGGAGGCUGCUCAGCAUAAGCUCUUCCAGGCAGCAAAUUUAUUUUUUGCGGCUGCGUUUCUGGUGCCACGCUCGUUCAAGGCUUCCGUCUUGGCUCUUCGCACGUUUCUCACGGCAGGUUUCAUGUUGGCGGCUCUCUGGGCCGGGUUCACCAUAUGCGCUCUAGAUGCCAUGUUAUGGUGCUUGGCCCUUGGUCUGUUAAACGGCAUUCAUUCGUUGAUACUCGCCUGCCGAUUCCUGCCCCCGGCUCUUAGCCCCGAACUAGCCGAACUUUAUUUGAAGCUCUUCAAGCCUUAUAAGGUUAGCAAGAAGCAUUUCCAGGAACUGGCAAAGGAGGCAAGAAUACUCAAGUUGGAUUCCGAUCAGACCUACGCAACGGAAGGGGUCACGCCGGCGGAUAGGAGGCUGUCUAUUCUUUUACGCGGAAAAAUGAAGGUAACUUGUGACGGAACUCACUUGCACUACAUCAGAGCCUACCAAUUCGUCGACUCGCCCGAAUGGGAGGCCACGCAUGAAAACGAUGCUGACGUCUUCCAGGUGACGAUACUAGCCGAGGAGCCCAGUACGUAUAUCUGUUGGACGAGAAUGAAGUUACUCAGGGUGCUCCGGCACAGACCAUUGCUCAAGGUCGUUCUCAACACUCUCAUCGGUAAGGACAUUACGUCCAAGUUGUAUGCCCUUAACGAGCAGCUCGCUGGUGUCGCGGCCGCCAGUGAGAACGCCACGUCGAAUCCUUACAGGGGGGUCACGAGAAGCCUCAGCGUCGAUGCCGUUAAUACAGAAACCGCCGGAAGGGUUCGAUCGACAACCUGGAAAGCGCAGAAGCAGUAUAGCAAUUUGCGUAGUGACAGGAGCUCUUUGGCCCGGUAUUCCCAUCAGUACUGGGCGCCGGUAGUGGCGAACCAUUUUCCGUCAACCUCGCCGUUCAUUCAAAGCCAAAACCUCGGCUACUCGUUACUGCCGCAGGGUGACCAGUUCUCGCCACCUCCGCGAGCACCCGUGCUGACCCACCACCCUCCCGUGGCGCGGCAGCGAAGCGGGGAUACUGGCGGCGAUUACACCCUGCUACCUCAGACACCGAAGCUCGAGAGGAAACGUUCGAGAAAAGGGACUCGAGAGGUGACCUUCGAGACACCGGUAUGACGCUCGCCCGACGGGGAAGGGCCUGCCAGCGUGCCUCUACUUUCACUGUCGCC